CAAAGGCGAACGGCUCCCUGUCAGCUACGAAGCUAACGUUAGCAAAUGCUACUUGGAUUUACUAACGUUAAAUAUUUUAAUUCCCUGUCGCAUAUGUAUCAACGUUCAGAUAUUCUUCUGAAACAUUUGUAUUCGUGGCCAGCGACGCACUAGUCGGCGACAGCGAAAUACUUAAUAAUAAAAAUUGAAAGCUAAAGCAGUCGCUUGUAUUUGUGCGAUGUGGUUGAUUUGCUAGCAAUAGAUUUCGUCACGUCAUUGUUUACAGACUGAGUUGAAGAGGAAGCAGGACAAGCGUCAAUAGUGAAUAUAGCAGCGAGGAGCUACCUAGCCAUCUACACACGCUUAUAGGGCGACUACUCCGCACUAAACUAGCUGGCCUGCGAGAGAUGGGCUUAAAUCGACAAGGCAGCUGGCUGUAGACGCUGACACAUGCAGUCCUUUCUGGACGGAGCCAAACGAAAACGGGCUGAAAAAUAAAAGAUGGUGACUCGAAUAGAACCACCUCACCUGAAACUUGCGGUCAGAGUUGAACCAGAGAAUUUGUAGCAGGGCUUUGGCUGAACUGUCACAGACCGAAACGACGCUGGAAGGGAACCAAAUCCAUGCCCGUUAGCAAGCUAGCCAAGGAACCGCGUUAGCGCCGCUGUCAAGGACGAAAGGAACCGCCUGUCCAGCCGAAAUAGAUAGCGAGAGCAGCAGGUGACAUUCGCUACUUGGUUAGAUUAUAUUAGAUUAUUUCCGUUAACGUUGCAAGCAGCGGGUCAUGCACUACCCAAAGAAACACACUUUGUAUUUAUAUUUUUAUUAGCUAAGUUUCAGUCAGCUAGCUGGCAGUGUGGCGUUAAUGCUGCUUUUGUUUCCUAGACGUAGCAAGCUAACGCUCGGCGAUGCCUAGCUAAUGUGGCGUCAGCUAGGUGGUGACUUCAAGCUACUUCUAUUUGGCUCAAGGAGUCAAACGAGUCGGCUCAGCACUUUAGCAAGAUAUGAUAGCUAACGUUAAGCUUAAAGUAAAGGGACUCAUUUUAACAUAAUCUAAAAAAAAAAUAAUGGUCAAGGUGUAUUAUAUGGUUAGUCAUAUUGUCUGAACUAGCUAAAGUUAUGUUCUAAGGAGAAAAUGUGUUACUGGUUUGUCCUACGGUUGGCCGAUAUGGAAACGUGCAAGUAGAUAAGCAGACUAUAAAUUCCGUUUUUAGCGUUUCGGUUAGGGACGAUAGGGAAACGAGGCAAGUUGAUUUCACGGGCUCUUGAUUGACUGAGGGUGAAACAGCAGUGGUGUCUGUAGCUACCGUCCAUUAUGCUCAUCUCUAAAAGCUUCAGGAAAACCAUUGCCCCGUUUUAACACUGCCUUUUAACUCAGGAAUGCGAAUAAACCGUCUGUUUUUUCUAAAACCCCAGUAACCACCAGGAAAGUGGAACAUUCACUCCAUGGUCCGUGAAGGACAAAUUCAGCACGCUUAAGCGUCCAUGCCAUUAUAGUUGAGGACUGAGUUGUGCUGUUCGUUUCUCUCAGCUAGUCGUCAAGAGACAAUUUAGUCUUAUUUUCCUCGUAUUAAAACAGACCAGAGAUAACGUCCAUCUUAAAACAUGGCUGACUCCAGCUCCGACGUGAUCGGACAGGAUCUGCAGAGUGGACUCUCGGGGACCCAGGGUUCCCCCAAGGUCCAGGCCGCCGUGCCUACAGCUUUGGCGGAAGAGGGGUCCAGCCCAACGCAGGGAGACAGUGGCUCUAAAGACCAAAGCGGGUUGGCCUGUUCGAAGGCCCUAGACCAGGAGGACCCGGCCGACUGCAGGGAGGUGGAGAACCUCCCAAGCCAGGAGGAGGAGGAGGAGGAGGAGGAGGAGGAGACUACUAUAGGGACGGAGACGGAGGACGCAAGCGUAGCGCCGGCCAGCGAGGAAGAGGAGGAGGAACGCACGGAGGAUGAGAGCCUGGGGGUGGAGAGCAAGUCGGAGGGCAGGAGCCAAUCGGCCGACUCGGCCUCCUUCUCCGUCCCCAGCCUGGAGUUCUCCGAGGGGAACAACGGGAACUCGCCUGACGAGGCGCUCUCCUCCUCCUACUCGGCCCUGGGCGCUGAGGGAAAGUCCCCGUCCGUCGACCUGCCCUGCUUGGGGGACGAGGCCCUGGGGGCCGGGGCCGGGGCCGGACCCGUUGCCGCGGGGGCCGUUGCCGCGGGGGCCGUUGCCGCCGGGGGGCCUUCUGGGGCGGGCUUGGAUCCGGACCCCUGCCUGCCGGCGUACUACUUCGUGAAGUGGAUCACGUGGAAGGACAAGAAGACGCCCAUCAUCACGCAGAGCGAGAACGGGCCCUGCCCGCUCCUGGCCAUCAUGAACAUCCUGUUCCUGCGCUGGCAGGCCAAGCUACCCGCCCAAACAGAAGUGAUCACUACAGAGGACCUGAUGGCCCACCUGGGCGAGUGCGUGUUAUCCAUUAAACCGAGGGAGAAAGUACAAGGGAUGGAGCUCAACUUUCAGCAGAACAUGAGUGACGCCAUGGCGGUGUUGCCCAAGCUGUCCACCGGGCUGGACGUGAACGUGCGCUUCACGGGGGUGUCGGACUUCGAGUACACGCCCGAGUGCAUCGUGUUCGACCUGCUGGACAUCCCGCUGUACCACGGCUGGCUGGUGGACCCGCAGAGCGUAGAGAUGGCCACCGCCGUGGGCAAGCUGAGCUAUAACCAGCUGGUGGAGAAGAUCAUCAACUACAAGCACUCGGCCGACAGCAGCCACGUCAGCGAAGCCCUCGUUGCGGAGCAGUUUCUGGAGUCCACGGCGACGCAGCUCUCGUACCACGGCCUGUGUGAGCUCAACACCACGGCCAAGGAGGGGGAGCUGUCCGUCUUCUUCAGGAACAACCACUUCAGCACCAUGAUCAAACACCAGGGCCACCUGUACCUGCUGGUGACGGACCAGGGCUUCCUGCAGGAGGAGUGCGUGGCGUGGGAGAGCCUGCACAACGUGGAGGGCGACGGCAACUUCUGCGACUCCGACUUCCGGCUGUGCCACCCCCCCCAGCGCGGCACCCCGCCCUCCCUGCCGGGGGCCACGCCCACCCCUCAGCAGCAGCAGCAGCAGAUCGACCAGGACUACCUGGUGGCGAUGUCCCUGCAGCAGCAGCAGGGCGUGGCCCCGGGGCCCCUGAGCGACCUGGAGCUGGCCCGUCAGCUGCAGCAGGAGGAGUACCAGCAGCAACAGCAGCAGCUGCAGGCGCCCCCUGGUGGCCAGCCCCCGACACAGCAGCAGGUCAGAGGUCCAGCACCCGUGCAGAGCGGGGGCCAGAGGAGGCGGCAGGAGAAGAAGGACGACUCCGACUGUGCCAUACUAUAGCCCGUGCCACACUUCCCCCAACCAAACUGAGUGCCCUCCCCCCCCUGUUCCCCACACCUGUUCCCCAACAACUCCCCACACCUCCCCCCCCCUCUGUUCCCCCACACCUCCCCACACCUCCCCCCCCGUUCCCCACACCUCCCCCCCCUGUUCCUCCACACCUCCCCACACCUCCCCCCCCCGUUCCCCCACACCUCCCCCCCCGUUCCCCCCACACCUCCCCCCCCGUUCCCCCCACACCUCCCCCCCCGUUCCCCUACACCUCCCCACACCUGCACUCAGUCCUCACCCCACACCUGCUGCUUCGCCCCAGCUCGCCCCGGUUGUGUCCAGGCCAAUGAAACAGGAAUUUGGGGAGAGGGUAGGGGUGCGACGUUCCUCACUGCCAGCUUUAUCCGUGGAACACUCGGAAGCAGAUCACCGGGCCACUGCCCCCGGAAGGCUUCCGGAAACUUCCGUUGGCGUUUCACCCGGCGUUUGACCCGGGGGUCGGAGUCGGAAGUGAGCGGGAGACACAGGGGACCUUCUCCCCCAAAGUGCAUUCUGCGGUUAACCCGCUAACCGGCUUCGUUUUUUUACAUUUAUUAUAAAAAUAAAUCAAAAUUACGCCACCCCCCGCCAUUACCCUUUUUCCAGACAUAUUCCCCCCCACCGUAGGAGAAUGAUCUCAGAAACCCAGCCGUGCUUGCUGAAGGGCGAUGGCUGUGGCCCUCACUCCUGGUUCUGGAGAGCCGCAGGGUGUGCUGGCUUUUGUUGUUACUCAGCACUUAACUGUAAUGAACUGCUUUAAUUGCUUUCAAUUAUCUCACCUCACCUGGUUUCUUGGGUCUGAAUUGGUUGCCGCUAUUAAGCUGAGAACAGAAGCCAAGCACACCCUGUGGCUCUCCAGGACCAGGAGUGAGGACCACUGCCCACCCUGCGGCUCUCCAGGACCAGGAGUGAGGACCACUGGCCUAUGGGGUCUUAGGCAGGUUUCUGUAGCGUCACCAGGAAAAAAAACCCUGUUUUUUUUGUUGUUGUUUUUUUAAGGUAGCGAAAGAUCUGAUGUGUAGGAAAAGUUUGGCCUACUGGUUGGGCCAGUCCACUGAAUUGUGCCGUUCUUCACCUGAAGCGCUGGGAUCGAAGUUGGCUGCAGUCAAAGCCAUUUUAACACAACACAAAUGUUGCGUUUAAACAAAAAUAUAUAUAUACGAAAACCCAGACGCAUUUAUUUUGAAUUUGUGCGCACACGUGCAGGCUUACCCCAAACUUUUUUUCUGGGACUUUUCCUGUCCCCGUUUCUCAAAGGGAACCAGUAGCAUCCUGGGUCAUGGGCCCGUAGAGAAGGCAUCUCUCGAUACGUCAGAACCUGCGGACCAUUCCAGUGCAGUUACGGCACCUGGUGGAGUUGCACUACGCUUGUAGGCAAAGGAAGAAGCGCAUUUCAGGCUGAAGGGUUUAGUGUACACGGGCAGGGGGGUCGUCUUUAGGGCACAUGUAAUCGAGUCUGCACGGGCAGGAAGUUGUCAUUUGGACACGGUUGUCCGUAACGGUGGUGGUGGUGCGGGAACGCAGAGGGUGCAGGGGAACUUACUACAGACGGCAGAAGGAACUCCGUUCCUGAACCUGCUGGGCUUAAAUGCCAGUCGAUAUAAUCCUUAACUUUAAUUAGAUGAGAUAAUGAAUGAAGAUAGUUUUUCAGAGACCGAAGUUAACCGGCGGCCCGGUGCGUUUUUCAGUAGCCAUAGAAGGGGGAGGGACUUGCGUCACGUUAACACACCUCACACCACACCUUGCUUUGUAUUUAAUUUGUAAUUUCAUCUCGAAUAAAAGAAAAUAAAUAAAUGUGCAUUAUUG